UGUGAUGUGUUCUUCCCCGUUGCCUCUGCCGAAUGCAGAUUCCCCUCCAAGCCCUGGACUUUUUGGCUUGUCUGCGUUGAGGUCCUCGAUUCAUGCAUUGGGUACCGCUCAGAAUCGGAAGUGGACUGAUCGCGGGUCUUUGAAAAGUCAGAUCUGGGGAAGCUUAGGGUGGGUGUCGUGGGAGCAUUGGGCAUAAGCUUGAAUCGCGGGGGAGGGGGUUGGUUUGGCAGGGUUGUAGGUUUGGAGGGAGAGUGGGAUUGGUUGCGGUGCGAGGUAAUGGAAAUUUUUUGUGGGGUUGGGUUUGGUGGACUUGGCCGUGGUUUUGUAGGGUUUGAGUCUGAUCGGUGCCAGUGAACAGUAGGUGUGGACGAUCGGGGGGUGGAGUGGGGUGCGGUGGGGUUGGGUAUGGUGUGUUGGAUGUUUUUUGAGGAAAAGGGGGAGGAAGAGGAAGAGGAAGAGGAGGAUGUCGGUUCUAGACGUGGAGCGGGAGUUGUGAACGUCAGGAUCAUGCAGGGAGGCGGGGUUGAAUGGAGGGUGAAAUUUGGAAAAGCUGAUUGCUGUGUCUUGAUUUCAAUGGGGGUGCAGUUGAUGUGCCUGGUUAGCCCUGUUUUGGGAAAACAAAAAAACUAAAUAAAAAGAUAAAAAAGGAAAAAAAAUGUGGUGGAAAAACCAUACCUCUCAGUAUGUGAGCGAAUUUGCUUGAGUGUAACCUGGAGGUCUAACCGUGUCGAGGUAGAUGGAGUUCUUGUGGAGUAUGGGUUUCAGAGAGCAGGCGUGGAAAGAUAACCUGCAGGUUGCAAGAAGAACAAAGUCCUUGAAUCAUUUCGACUGAUGAGAGCUGGGAUUCCAUAAAAAGAUACCACAUUAUGGAUGAGGCCUCCCGGAACCCCUCGUUCUUGAUAGACAUUGAGUUAUGGCAGAAAUUCAAUCUGGAGCUGAGGGCUGCAUGUCAUUGGUGCACCCAUCAUCACACCACGACGCCGGCAGAAGCAGCCAAGCAGCUGGAACGAGGGGAGGGAUGGCCUCGUGACUGGAUAUCCCGAAAGGUGAAAAAUUCGACGCGCCAGUUCGGUGGAUUGUUUAUAUGCCCUGCACAGGAUUGCGCCGGACACUCGAAUGCCAAAGGCGAACGCCGGCGGCGUUGGUUUUGCCGGUUCUGUAUCAACAGGCAUUUGAGCGUUGACCUCAAGAGUUUUUUCCAAUUCGAUGAAGUGCAAUGCAAGUGGAUACAGAUUCCUGGUCUCUCCUGCUGGCAUUGCCAAGCCAAGUUGGGAGAUGCGGAGUGCAUAAAUUGCCCCCAGAAGCACACGAAACGGGCUAAGAGGGCGAAGGAGAAUCCCCUGCCGCCAACAAGAUCGCUACUUGGCACACCAGGUCACACGAAUGUCGCAGGGGUUGUAUCGGUCCUCCUUGCAGCGGCAGGGGAUGGUGAUUAUGAUGGGGUGUCGAGUGAGGGGAGGGGAGGACCAGCCAAUGAAGCUCACAGCAUGGAUGAGAGUAAUUUUGGGGUCGGCGAGACGCAUGUGCGAUUGGGACUUCCUAUGCAUGCUUCUCCGGUUUCAGAUUUUCGAUAUGCUCCGCCUCCCUUGCACCAGCAGCACCAACAGCAUCAACAACAACCACCACCUCCAAGGGGUUUUUUUUCUGAGAAGGGCCUUAUGUGCAGGGAGGCUCAGUCAAAUAUUAUACCUCAUUUACUUGAAUAUGUGGACAACUCAUGCACACCAUUUCAUGCCACGGCGGAGGCAAGGAAGUUUUUAUUAACUGCAGGAUUUCAGGAAAUAAGUGAAUGUGAAGAAUGGGCAUUGCAGCCAGGGGGACGCUAUUUCUUCACUCGCAAUAUGUGCUCCAUAUAUGCUUUUGCUAUUGGUCACAAAUACAAGCCUGGGAGUGGUUUCCAUGUGAUUGCGGCUCAUACAGACAGUCCAUGUCCCAAGUUAAAACCAGUUUCAUAUUCAGCGAAAGGAGGUUUUGUGCAUGUACGUGUACAGCCAUAUGGAGCUGGGGUUUGGCAGACCUGGUUUGAUCGAGAUCUAAGUGUAGCUGGUCGCGUCCUGCUUCGAAGAAAAGAUGGUGAUCUUGUUAAUGAGCUUGUGCGGGUUGGGCGCCCCAUUCUUCGAAUCCCAACAGUGGCUAAUCCUGUUGACAGGGGGCUAGCGGCGGAUGGUAGCAAGGUUGACGCGGAGGUAAACCUUGCACCUGUUCUGGCCAUGCAGAUAGAGUCAGAACUUGCAAUGUCUUGCGAUUCUGAGUCGUCAAUGCCUGUGGAACACAAUGAUCAUGGGUCCCAUAUUUAUCCUCAACCUGCUACCGCUCACCACCCACUUUUGAUUCAGGUGUUAGCAGAUGCGCUCAAGUGCGAUGUAAGCGAGGUUGCAGAUUUCGAUCUUAGUGUAUAUGAUACACAGCCUGCUUGUGUUGGGGGUGCUCGUGAUGAUUUUGUUUUUGCUGGACGGUUGGACAACUUAACCUCAACGUUCUGUGCACUGUGGGCACUUUUACAUACAUGCGCAGACCCUUCUUCUCUUGUGGAUGAAAGCUGUGUUCGCAUGAUUGCUCUAUUUGACAGUGGGGAGGUGGGAGGACCUGAUUCAGCACAAGCAGCGGGGCCACAGAUAAUGUUGCAGGCUAUGACACGCAUUGCUAGGUGGCUUGCUCGGGGUUCAGAUAGUGAAGGAGUCGUUGAGCGAGCCAUGCGAAGAUCUUUGAUUGGUGGGUUUUUUGCAGUGUCAGCUGACAUGGUAGAGGGCAUGUACCCUAUACAAGUGUCGUCACCAGGCCAAGAAGAGUCAUUUCAUCAUCCCAAGCUUCGUGAUGGCCUAGUUCUCAGGCAGGAUGCUAGCAAUGCCAAUGACAUUGUAACAUCGUUUUUAUUUCGAGAAGUAGCUAAACGAAGUAGUAUUCCGGUUCAGAAUUUUCCUGUGUCACGGGAGACGGGCUGUUGUUCAACAGUUAGUUCAAUAUUAGCGGCAGGGUAUGGACUCCGAUUGAUCGACUGUGGGGUGCCCCUGCUUUCCAUGCACAGCGUGCGAGAAAUGUGCAGUACCGAUGACAUCGAAACAACCUUUCGACAUUUCAGGGAAUUUUUCCAGCAUUUUACCGCCAUAGAUGAACAACUGAGGGUUGAUGUUUAGUUCUUCACAACACAAAACUGUAACAUUAUAGAACUGUAGCCCUCAUGAGGUGCACAACCUCAAUUUCAGGGGUUGUCACAAAAAAGUUGCCGACUGUCCCUGAAUCACUGUUGCCCAGCUAAUUGCAGAUUGUUUUGAAGUGAUUCUCGACAGUCGUUGAUAUUUACACUUUAGCACAUUCAUUGAGCACGGCAGUGACAUGUCUUUACAUAGAAUCCACUAAUGCGGCUCAGAGUAAUAUUAAUUCCUUUUGGCUGCGCAUAUCUGAAAUUAUCAAUUUUUCUUGUUUGUUUUGGGCCAAAUUCUAGUUGACAUUAAACUUCCUUUCA